UCUCAGGAGGAGGUGGUUCCGGUGAAGGAAGCUGAAAUUCGCCUCGACUCUACAGCGCGCCGUCCAGCUACAGCGCGCGAUGCGGAGGCUGCGCCAGCGUCGCUAAUGGCAACCAGCGCGAGAGAGCGCGUCGGCCAGACGAACGGAGCGCGCGGGGGGACGCGUGUGAGCCACCUUUGUCUUUAACCAAACGAAAAGGGGGACACGGUGAAAAUAAACCAACGAGAAACAAACAGAAGAGACCAGGGUUUGGCUUCACGUCGCUCGUGAGGAUUUGGUGAUGAUGGCCGCGAGACUGGGGCUUUGGCUUGUGUGUGUGUGCGGAGCGCUGUGUGUUAGCGCGCGACAUUCCACCAAUGGAGGCGUCUUGGGGAAAACGAGGGCCUUGCGUGAUGAGAGCAGGUUCCUCGGGAAAGAAAGCACGGUACCGGUCCGGUUGGUUUAUCGCACGGAUAACGGACAGACCGCGCAUGACGUCCUGAGCACACGGGUGCGCGCGAACCCCGGCGCCGACCAGAAGAAUCAUUUGGCCCAAGCCAGUUUCCAGGUGAAAGCUUUCGACCAGACUUUCAUCCUAGACAUGGAAUUGAAUCAUGACCUGCUGUCGUCAAAGUAUGUGGAGAGGCAUAUAUCACAGGACGGGAAAUCAUUCAUCAUUAAAGGUGGGGAGCACUGUUACUACCAUGGAACGGUACGAGAUAUUCCCAAGUCCUUUGUGGCGCUGUCCACUUGCCAUGGAAUGCACGGGAUGUUUUUUGAUGGAAAUCACACGUACCUGAUAGAACCGGAUGAAGAGAGCAAGGAGAAUGAGCACGUCCAAGUGCACAUGAUCUAUAAAUCUCCAGGCCUCCAGCCUCCAGGGGAUUACAUCCCACCCCUUGACCUUGCAGAGUCGCCGUUCCAGAGUCCUCCACUCUUCACCGGAGCAGCACACAGGAGAAAAAAGAGAGAAGUGUUGCAAAGUUCCCACAGUGUCGAGGAUGAGACUAAAUAUAUCGAGCUGAUGGUUAUCAAUGACCACCUGAUGUACAAGAAGCAUCGGCUGUCAGUUGGCCAGACGAACAACUACGCCAAGUCUGUAGUGAACAUGGCAGAUUUUAUUUUCAAGGAGCAGCUGAACACCCGUAUUGUUCUGGUUGCCAUGGAGACCUGGGCGGCGGACAACAGGUUCAACAUAAAUGAUGACCCGAUGAUCACGCUGCGGGAGUUCAUGAAGUACAGACGCGACUUCAUUAAGGAGAAGAGCGACUCUGUCCAUCUGUUCUCGGGCAACCGUUUCCAUAGCAGCUGGGGUGGAGCCUCAUAUAUGGGAGGGGUGUGUUCACUGACCAAAGGGGGAGGGGUUAAUGAGUAUGGAAAAACAGAAGAAAUGGCCAUCACGCUGGCACAGUCUCUGGGACAGAACAUUGGCAUUUUCUCCGAUAAGAAAAGAAUACUAAAUGGGGAAUGCAAGUGCGAUGAUAAAUGGUCCGGCUGUAUAAUGGAUGAUGUUGGCUUUUAUCUGCCCAAGAGAUUCUCUGACUGUAACGUAGAGGAGUACCACAACUUCCUGUACAGUGGCGGCGGAUCGUGUCUCUUCAACAAACCCUCCAAGCUUUUGGACCCUCCAGAGUGUGGGAACGGUUUUGUGGAGCUGGGAGAGGAGUGCGACUGUGGAACUCCAGCGGAGUGUACUAUAGAAGGAGAGAACUGCUGUAAGAAGUGCACUCUGACUCAGGGCUCUAAAUGCAGUAAUGGGCUCUGUUGCAAUAACUGUCAGAUGGAGUUUAUGGGUGUGAUCUGCAGAGACGCUGUCAACGACUGUGAUAUACCAGAAAACUGCACUGGGAACUCCAGCCAGUGUCCUACAAACGUACACAAAAUGGACGGCUACACUUGUGAAAAAGAUCAGGGGCGGUGCUUUAAUGGACGAUGCAAAACUAAAGACAGGCAGUGCAAGUACAUCUGGGGAGAGAAGGCGACGUCUGCAGAUAAGUUCUGUUACGAGAAGCUAAACAUCGAGGGGACUGAGAAAGGGAACUGUGGGAGGGACAAGGACACCUGGGUCCAGUGUAAAAAGCAGGAUGUGCAGUGUGGAUACCUGCUGUGCUCAAACAUCUCACCUGCACCCAGACUGGGAGAGCUGCAGGGAGGCCUGACCUCAUUUUCUGUGGCCCAACAUAGUGCUUCACUAGACUGCAGUGGAGGACAUGUGAUGAUUGACGGAGACACUGAUCUGGGGUAUGUGGAGGACGGCACGGCGUGCGGCACUGACCGUAUCUGCUUCAACCACAAAUGCCUUCCAGUUCAGGAUUUCAACUUCAGCACCUGCCCCGGGACCACCGACAAGGUCAUCUGCUCCGGACACGGGGUGUGCAGCAAUGAACUGAAGUGUGUGUGUCACCUGGGCUGGGCAGGCGAAGACUGUAACUCCUCUUCACCACUCAGCUACCUGGUGGUGGGACCUACAGCGACAUCAUCAGGCAUCAUCAGUACCAACAUCAUCAUCGGUGCCAUUGCAGGAUCUAUUCUCGUUCUGGCUCUUAUACUAGCCAUAUCUGCCUGGGGCUACAAGAACUACAGACAGCGGCAAUUUGAAGAAUCUGAAGUGCAUCGAAGAUUCUGUCGACAAAUGCCACCGGGUGAUUACGUAAAGAAGCCGGGCGACGCCGAUUCGUUCUACAGCGACGUGCCGCAGGGCGUGAGCUCCAACUCAGGCAGCAGCUCCAAGAAGAGGUCUGCUUACCUGUCUCACCUGCAGAUCUACACCUCCAUCCCUUCCAUCAGCCAAAACAUCUCACUGUUCGGCUUCAGGUCCAAUGGCUUGUCCCAUUCCUGGAGCGAGAGAAUCCCAGACGCCAAGCACAUUUCUGAUAUCUGUGAAAACGGACGGCCCAGGAGCAACUCGUGGCAAGGGAAUAUUAGCGGCAACCGGAAGAAGCCGAAAGGAAAGAAGUUCCGUCCUCGUUCCAACUCCACAGAGACGCUGUCUCCUGCCAAGUCCCCAACCUCGUCCACGGGCUCAAUCGCCUCGAGCCGAAGGUACCCGUACCCGAUGCCACCGCUACCGGACGAGGAGAGGAAGGCCAACAGACAGAGCGCCAGGCUGUGGGAGACAUCAAUAUAGAGAGGCUCCUUGCGAUCACUCUGCAAAAUCUCCGUCAGGACUACACAUUCCUCCGCUUUUAUACAAAUGAGAAAAAUAAACCCCACAAAACGAAUGAAUGCGAACAGAAGAAUUGAAGUCCUCUAGGAUUAGCGGGUCCACGGGAGCGCGCUGGGACGAAGAGCACGGCCGUCAUCCUCUCAUCAUUGCAGUCGACCAUAAUGAAACAGAGGGACCGGUUUGUUGUCAAAGGUCAAAACCAGGCACCGCUGCAGUCAGUUACCCAUCCAAACGAGGCAGGGGAUAUCAGACUGCUAAUCUCGCCUCCUUUAUCCUGCCCUGCCUCCCUUUUUUGGGCCAAACAAUGGCCUGUCCCUCCCUCCCUCCCUCCCCCUUGUCCAGCACCAAUAAUGUCUUGUGAUUGGUGUCCUUGUUGCCAUGUUGAGAGAAGGUCAUCCAAAAAACCUGCUGGAUGUUAACAUGUUUUUCCGAAAGCACGUAGAAACUUUCCACUGUAUGCAUGAGAAUACAUGUUUAUCAACUCCUUGUAGUGCUAAAGACGACGACGAAAAACGAAUAUUUUAACAAGCAGGCUAGGGGACAGCAUGUCUCAGAGGGAAUUUCUGUAGGCUGGUAAGAUUUCAUUCUUUAGGCUUCUCUAUUCACUCAGUGUAUCGACGCUAACGCUAGCGAACACAUCCAGCCUUGCCAUACACGCUCUCAUUUCCUCACACGUGUAAAUAUGUAUAGCUUGACGACAGUGAAAUGUGUGAUUGUUUUUUUAUGCUUUGCUUUUUCUUAUCGCGCUUUUUAUUUUUUUGGGUUACUGAGUAGGGUUUAGAAGAAACAUCCGCCUUUUCUUGUUUGUACGUUCACUUUGAAUCGUCUGUAUAUCAGCCUUUCUUGUUAUUCAUGAGUUUUGAUUCAUCCGUGUAUUACCUGAAUCCGUAAAUGAGCUUUUUUUUUUCUUUCUUUUUUUUAAUCCAUUGGGUUUUGAAACAUACCUGAUGCUGUCUGUAAGAAUGAGGACGGCUCAUAGUGCUGGAGAAGUCACCGUUGACCUUUUGAUGCUUCAUGCUGACGGAAACAGCUGUAUAUUUGUUCGUUUCUUUUCCGACGAUACAGAACGAUGUUAUAAUCGGCCUUUGUCCGAAGUGCAGCCGUGAUCGUUUUCCGUAAGCCGUUGAACUUUUCAGUGUUUCAAUGUUGAGUGAAGUGUCAAGGGAUGCGACACUAAAAGUCAACCACGUUAGCUGGGGUUUGUUUUUUUUUGUCCUUUUUAAAUCCUUUAGAAAUAUUUGGAACAAUUUAAAGCAACAGUCUAUAAACUACAGAUCAUCUACCACCUUCUUGUAGAAUAAAUCGCAUAUAAUCUUAGUCUUACUGAUCGUUUUGGGAUGUUUAGGCAAGUCCAUGUGAUUUUAUUCCCAUUAAGUUUGUGAAAACAUCACCUACGACCAUGAAAGCAGAUCUGUAACUGAGGCCACAGCGUAGCUCGUUCGGAAACGAUGUUCGGCUGGAUUAGACGCACAAUAAGAUGUAAAUGCCGAGCAAACGGACAUCAUGCGGUAGCUUCGCAUGGCAGCUGGCAGAACUUGGCAAACUUUGCCAACGAUGCAUGCCCAAGCUGAUUUGCUUCACAAUGGAUGACUCGGAGAAGUUUCAGUUAGGGAUGGGCGAUAUAGACUUAAAACCGUAUCACGAUAUUUCGCGGUAUUUUUGUGCGGUAACGAUAUGAAAAUAGUUCAAAACGUUCAACACUACCUUUACGGCCACUCAGCAUACAACCUCGAGAGCCAAGCAAACCCAAACAUUGAUUCAAAACAAUAAAACUUUUUUAAAAAAUGAAAAAAUAAAAAAAUAAAUCCUGACCACGGUCAAACACUAAGCGAUACCAAUUAAACAGGCUAAGAAAUAGAAUACGAGUUUUAUUCACAAAUUAAAAUUCCAGUGAAAAAGCAAACUCUCGCAGGAUUUAUAAUCUAACCCCAGGAAAAAACAAAUGGAAACAAAUUUGUUCCGUAAAAGCGUAUAUAAUGUUUACAUAAUGCAAACUGAACAAGUCUUAAACUAUGCUUUAACAUUAAAACAGGAUAUAAACACAAUAAUGGUUCAAAUCAAGUGCAAGUUUGAAAUGGAAACACCAAUUCUAUUCGAUUUUAUUCGUAAACUACAUACUAGGGUUGGAACACCGCCUUGUUCACGUUCUACGUGAGAUGGUCACGUAACGGUGCAUAACCACGUCAUCGACUACAUCGUCAAUAUCGUAGGAUGACAAUUUCUUAUCAUUGUACCAGUAUAUCGUGGAUGAUACGAUAUGGCACAGCCCUAGUGUCAAUCAUCAUCUUAUAGUCAUGGAAAUCAUCAUUGUUAUUUGAAUAGUGCCACCUGCAGUACUGGAGUGCAGUAUGCGACAGCCAAUAAGAAACCAAGAGGCAACGGAUAUGCAAGCUUGUGUAGAUGGUUCUGUUUUUGCGCAACCCUAACAAACAUCGUUUCCACAUGAAUUACGCGGAGGCCUUCAGGCUUCCUAAGGAGGAAGACUCGGUCAAUGUGCUCAGUAUUGUACAUCAUAAACUCUUACCCACCUCAUCUGUACAUAACCUUCAUGUUCAUUAAAUCCUGCGUUCUGUAUUCACAGGACAUGUUCACUGUUCAAUUCUCCUCCCAUCCUGAGCAUCGAUUCACGCCGUAUCCACUCACAACCAUGUGUCCGACCCUUUCUUUUUCAUCCCUGUAUCCUCGUAUGUAAACAUUUAACCCAGACGGCAAUUUAAGUGCUUUAUGAUCAUUACUAUUUCAGUAGGUCUUUGUGUACACUGAUACGGAUUAGCACAGAUUUUUAACGCUUUAUUUUGUGACCAAGCCUUUUUACGUCAUAACCGUCAUAAUUUCCUCUCUCUUAUACACACACACUGUUUUUCUCAGCAUUUAAAAAAAAAAAAGUGCAUGGCUCAAUGUGGUGUUGAUUGAUGAAGGCUGAAUCCAAAGGCACCUGAAAAAAAACAACACAUCUCAAGCAAUAGAUUCAGCCCUUUCAGCACUGUCCUCGUUUAACACAGCUGCCGCGCCAUCCGCUGCGAAUACGGAACACAUAACGAAUACGUACUGAAAGGAUUCUCAGAGCAAACACACUCUUGAAUGUAAUUUAAGCCUAUGAUUACAGCACAACUGCCGUCAACGACACGUCUCCCUCCAGUGGCCAUGUAGGUCCACUAACUUUAUAUACACCACGUCAGAGUGAGGUGCGUAAUCGGCCACGUUUCAGGGUUGUUUUCUUUGGAGAACGUAAAAAAAAAAAAAGAAUCAUUUGUGAGAGGUCUGCACCUGCUUCAGGAGACGUCAUAAAUGCCUUAUGUUUGUCCGUUUCAUGAGGUCUUUUGUUUUUCGGACGCUAGUUCUCUACGAGGCUGUUUUCUUUCAUAGUAUGCUGUAUGUAAACUUAAUACAAACAAUCAGCACCUAUGUUUUUUCUUACAGUUAUCAUUCAGUAUUGUAAUAUAUUUAAUACAAAAUAAACCUUUCAUUGACACGAUAUCCGUGUGAUAUCGACUGACUGAAUGUGUUGUGAUUUAGACCGUACUGUAGCAGCGGUAAGUCAUUCACAAAUGUGUGAGGGUCUAGGAAAGCCCAUGGGAUUUGCCAAAAUUUGCCAAAAAAACAAACAAAAAAAACCCACUAUAUUUCACCAAAAACACACUAUAUUAACUUUUUAUGUUUUUUGGCUUUCUUCCUGCAAAGAUCAUGUGACCAAUCAAUUUAUUUAUUUUAUUUAAAAUUUGUUACAUGGUGGAAAUCACAGCACCAUUAUUAAACCUAUAUUUAUUAGUGCUCUUUUUAGCGUGAGACCGUUACUAUCCUGUUUUAAACGGUUUAAAGCCUACAACUAAUGACAACUUGGUGGAAAUAUGAGAACUAACAAAGCUCCACGAGUCUAAUAAAUAUCCAGAAUAUGAUUCAGUCCAGGGCCGCCAGAGCCACUGGGGCGAGCUGGCAUUUGACCCAGCACUUCAGGUAAUAAUGGACAGGUUCCGGUUUUGCUGGGGGGUGGGAUAUUUCUCCUGAAGGAGAUCUCCUAUGAGAAAUUAAAUGGUAAACCGCGCAUUGGUGCUCACUGGUGCUUAAUAACCGUGUGCUGAAUCAUUAUCGCUAACGUUUCAAUAUUUUAAGCGACGUAUGCACGUAUUCUGUAUUCUAACUCGAUUACAGGGACGUUCCUCAAAUCACAUUCUUCAAAUAAAGUAAGAAAGACUUUCUGGAAAAAGUCUAAAUGUUUAGCUAAACAGACAGUUACUACAGUGACAAACAGUCUAUUGCAGAAUGUGAACAUGUCUGAUUUUUGAAAACAUAUUUUAGAAUGAGUGUUAUCUAAAUCUGUGAACAAAUUUUUUUUGCUGAAAUUUUUGCUGUUAUUAGCUGCCUGAGGAGUAAAACACUA